GUGAAAGUAAGACGAACUCGCGCUCGCGCUCGCGGUAAUCAAUCAUGGCGCCCACAUCGGACUAUUGGGCUUAUGUAUAUACAGAUACACUCACCUCACCCACUCGCCCACCAAAUUAGUUAGAGCUUUCUCUCUUCUCUUCUCUUCUCUUCUCUGCUCUCCACUGUCCACGAACAGCGGGAGCACGAAGGAGAAAAAGAGGAGGAAGAAGAUGUCGAUCAAGCACUGCGACAAGCACGACUGCGAGCGGCGGCGGCUGUACCGCCAGUUCUGCGCCGCCCUGGUGGCCGUCAUCCUCCUCAUCCUGCUCAUCAUCCUCAUCGUCUGGCUCGUGCUCCGCCCCACCAGGCCGCGCUUCUACCUCAACGGCCUCACCGUGGCGUGCCUCAACGCCACCUCCUCCCCGGCGUCCUACCUCACCGUGACGCUGCAGGCGACGAUCGCCGCCCGCAACCCCAACUCCCGCGUCGGCAUCUACUUCGACCGGACGGACGCGUACGCCGAGUACAAGGGGCAGCAGGUGACCGUCCCGACGGCGCUCCCCGUGGUGUACCAGGGCCACCUGGACGUCUCGGUGUGGUCGCCGUUCCUGGUGGGGUCGAACGUGCCGCUGGCCCCGUACCUGGCUGUGGCGCUGGCGCAGGACGAGACGGCUGGGUACGUGCUGCUCACGGUGCGGGUGGACGGCUGGAUCAGGUGGAAGGCCGGGGCGUUCAUUACGGGGCACUACCACCUCCGGGUCAGGUGUCCCGCCCUGCUCACCGUCAACGGAGGGCAGGGCAGCUACGGCUCCAUCGCCGGCGGCGGCGGGAACGGGUACUUCAACUUCCAGCGCGCCGCGCCAUGCGUUGUCGACGUCUGAACCCAACCCUUCCCUUCCCUCCCUCGCUUUUCCGUGCCAUCUGCCAACUCUGUUAAAACCAGAGCGCCCUUUUGGUUCUGCUGGGCCCUCCCUCAAACUAUUUAUACUCUGCUCUGCUCUGCUCUGCUCCGGUAAAUACGUAUAGUUUAAUGGAUUUUUGUGUCAUUUUGACGGUUCUUGUAUUUUGGGGUACUUCUUUGAUGGAAAUAAUUCAAGAAAUAUAGUAGGAUGGUAUAUUUAAGACGUAUUCAGGGGGAAAAAAGUCGUUGCUAGUGUUGUAUCUAUACAUGUACCGUGCUUGCUUUUACAGAAGCAGAGUUUAAUCAGGGAGUAGGCGCAUGUGCGUUGUUGCAGUGCUGCUGUUUUUGGUAGAGCAAUGGAAGAUGUGUAAUGAUCUUCCCCUCUUGGCCCUCUUGCUGUAUUACGUUGGCAAAUAAUGAAAGAAAAUGUUAUCAUGGCCAGAUGGCCUCCUCAUCGAA